AUGUCUAUUUCACGCUACGACGACUACAUGCUCGACAAGCUACACGGCCUCCUGUUCGCGCGAUUCUACAUCUUCGUGCGCCGUGCGAGCCACGUGUGCACGCGUGCCUGCGGACUGGAUGCGGGAAUUGUCGACGCCGCAUCAAGACACCACUACCCUUACCUCGUCGCGCCCAUCGACGCGAUCACCGCUCACCUGACCAGCGCCGCGAACACUGCCGGUGGCAAGGAUGUUGUGUUCGUCUUCAUCACGACCUACAGCGGCGACUCGGAGGGAUACAUCACCGUCGAGCAUGUGGCGGGCGAUCACAACAACCUCAGCGCCUGGCACAACGGGGACGCACUCGUCAAGCAGGUCGCAAGCAUCAACAAGAACACCUUCGUGGUCGUCAACAGCAUCGGCCCAAUCUUCGUGGAACAGUGGAUCAACCACCCCAACGUCACCGAGCCAGCCGCGCUUCACGCGCAUGAGCCACUCCGCGCACUGUAG